GUAAACACACGACGAGGACAUGUGGGCAGCACGCGCGUAGAGGUGGCUGUUGUAAGGAGAAAGGAGGACCGAUUUUCAUUCUUUUUAGGCGUGAGAGGGAAGGAAGGCCGCAGAGAUGGCGGAGCAGGUGGAGCUGAAGGUGGAGAAGAUGAUCCCGGAGUUGGAGGAGAUGGAGAGGAUAGGGCUGUUGUCUGAUGUGGAAGUCCGAAAACUAAUUCAGAAAAGGAAGAACUUUGAGUACCGUCUGGCUCGGCGAACCAAAGGCAAAGCGGAAAUCAUCAACUAUGUUAAUUAUGAAAAGAAAUUACUUGAAUUGUUGAAACUCCGAAGAAAGCAACUGCAUAUGCACGAGAAGAAAGAUUCAAUUGACAAUGCCAUCGCAAAACGCUGCAUAGAAAACCUGAUGAUCCUUACUAGGACGUGGCCUCGACACCUUGACACUUGGGCGCUGAGGAUAAAAUUUGCAGAAUUUCUUGGCUGGAAGGAAGAGGUAUGCAGGACGUACUAUGCCCAGACGAAGUUCCACGCAGAGAAAGUUGACGUAUGGGUUGCCUGGGCAAAAUACGAACUGGAAUGGAAGAAGAAUUUCGAUGGCGCAAGGAGGAUUCUUGUUUCCAAGGCUUCCCAACAUCACCCGAAGUCUAUCCAGCUGAAGCGAGAGCUCUCCAGGCCAUGCUUGUCGCUGCCAAGCCCGCUUUCAGGUGUUGUCUAUAGCCUUGGAUGA